UGAUUGUAUUUCUGCUUCUCUGGGGGCGAUUCCGUGCCUUCUCUCCCUUCUGCUCAGCGGUGAGAUGUCUGCUGAUAUUGUCUGGACAGUUCCUGUGGCGAGAGGGGCGAGACUGGCCGGCCGGGGGCGGCGGGAGCGCGGCGAGAGGUGCCCCCGCCCGCGCCGGUACCUGUUUGUAUAAUAAUGGGCGGCAACGGCCCUGCGCCGGCUGCGGCCGAGUCUAUAUAAGGAAUUACGCGUGCAUUUCGGACCCAGGAUCUCAUUUUGGCUCCUGCGUUAUUUUUUCGACGAGUUUUUAAGAGUAGGGGAAUAAAUGCGUCCCUGAUGGGAUCAGUGUCGCGUCCAGAAAUGAGGAAAUACGUGUUUAAGUGAAAACUCUCGCGCGGUCCCCCGCCCACCCCCCGCGCCUGGGCUCUCUUUCUCCCUCCCCUCCGGGAUGCGAAACGCGAGGUUUUGUAACCUUUCCUGGCAAUUUUAGAUUUUGUGUGGGAUUUCCUGUCUAGAAACAGAUAGGAAGGUUUUAGGCUGUUCCAAGAUGUUUUCUUCCAAUCGUAAACAUAUUUUUAACAUAUUUGAGGCGACAUUAAAAUCACCGCUUUCAUGAAUGAUUUUAGGUUUUCAAAUAAAUACCUGCAUUUUAAAGACGUUUGUUAGUUACCACCGAAAGGUAUAUGUGUAUCCUCAUUGUGGAGACAUGACUUGUUAUAGCAAGGAGCAGAGCAUAGGCUAUUGCAAUUUUAAUUUCCUGUUUUAGCGUCACAUAGUGUGUGUUCUAUAUUGAGCUGUUGCGGCUGCUGCUGAUGUGGCUUUAUGAAAGUUACAAAUUAUAAUACUGUGGUAGAAACAAAUUCAGAUUCAGAUGAUGAAGACAAACUCCAUAUUGUGGAAGAAGAAAGUGUUACAGAUGCAGCCGAUUGUGAAGGUGGUGUGCCAGAAGAUGACCUGCCAGCAGACCAGACAGUGUUACCAGGGAACAGUGAAAGAGAAGGGAGUGCUAAGAGCUGCUGGGAAGAGGAUGCAGGAAAGGAAGGGCAAGAAAUCCUGGGGCCUGAAGCUCAGGCAGAUGAUGCAGGAUGUACAGUAAAAGAUGAUGACUGCGACUCAGAUGCAGAAAAUGAGCAAAACCAUGAUCCUAAUGUUGAAGAGUUCCUGCAACAACAAGACACUGCUGUCAUUUAUCCUGAGGCACCUGAAGAGGACCAGAGGCAGGGCACACCAGAAGCCAGUGGUCAUGAUGAAAAUGGAACACCAGAUGCAUUUUCCCAAUUACUCACCUGCCCAUAUUGUGAUAGAGGCUAUAAACGCUUUACCUCUCUGAAAGAACACAUUAAAUAUCGUCAUGAGAAGAAUGAAGAUAAUUUUAGUUGCUCCCUGUGCAGUUACACCUUUGCAUACAGAACCCAACUUGAGCGUCACAUGACAUCACAUAAGUCAGGAAGAGAUCAAAGACAUGUGACGCAGUCUGGGGGUAAUCGUAAAUUCAAGUGCACUGAAUGUGGAAAAGCUUUUAAAUACAAACACCACCUAAAAGAGCACUUAAGAAUUCACAGUGGAGAGAAGCCAUAUGAAUGCCCAAACUGCAAGAAACGUUUUUCCCAUUCUGGUUCCUAUAGCUCUCAUAUAAGCAGUAAGAAAUGUAUCAGCUUGAUGCCUGUGAAUGGGCGACCAAGAACAGGUCUCAAGACAUCUCAGUGUUCCUCACCAUCUCUUUCGGCAUCACCAGGCAGUCCCACACGACCACAGAUACGGCAAAAAAUAGAGAAUAAACCCCUUCAAGAACAACUUUCAGUAAACCAAAUUAAAACUGAACCUGUGGAUUAUGAGUUCAAACCCAUAGUGGUUGCUUCAGGAAUCAACUGUUCAACCCCUUUACAAAAUGGGGUUUUUAGUGGUGGUGGCCCAUUACAGGCAACCAGUUCUCCUCAGGGUGUGGUGCAAGCUGUUGUUCUGCCAACAGUUGGUUUGGUAUCUCCUAUAAGUAUCAAUUUAAGUGAUAUUCAGAAUGUACUUAAAGUGGCAGUAGAUGGUAAUGUAAUAAGGCAAGUUUUGGAGAAUAAUCAAGCCAAUCUUGCAUCCAAAGAACAAGAAACAAUCAAUGCUUCAUCUGUACAACAAGGUGGCCAUUCUGUUAUUUCAGCCAUCAGUCUUCCUUUGGUUGAUCAAGAUGGAACAACCAAAAUUAUCAUCAACUACAGUCUUGAGCAGCCUAGCCAACUUCAAGUUGUUCCUCAAAAUUUAAAAAAAGAAAAUCCAGUCCCCACAAACAAUUGCAAAAGCGAAAAGUUGCCAGAAGAUCUUACUGUUAAAUCUGAGAAAGAUAAAAGCUUUGAAGGAGGAGUGAAUGAUAGCACUUGUCUUCUGUGUGAUGAUUGUCCAGGGGAUCUUAAUGCACUUCCAGAAUUAAAGCACUAUGACCUAAAGCAGCCGGCUCAGCCUCCACUCCCUGCCCCAGAAGCUGAGAAGCCUGAAUCCUCUGUUUCAUCAGGUACGGGAGAUGGCAGUUUGUCUCCUAGUCAGCCACCUUUGAAGAACCUGCUGUCUCUCCUAAAAGCCUAUUAUGCUUUGAAUGCACAACCAAGUGCAGAAGAGCUCUCAAAAAUUGCUGAUUCUGUAAACCUACCACUGGAUGUAGUAAAAAAGUGGUUUGAAAAGAUGCAAGCUGGACAGAUUUCAGUGCAGAGUUCUGAACCAUCUUCUCCUGAACCAGGCAAAGUAAAUAUCCUUGCAAAGAAUGAUGAUCUGUCUCAAUCCACAAAUGAAAAUGAAUCCCAGGACAGCACAAGUCUACACAGUCCUCCGAAGAUGACUAAUUCUCCAGUUUUAACAGUAGGAUCAACUGUCAAUGGUUCCAGAAGUAGUACACCAUCCCCAUCACCUCUAAACCUUUCCUCAGCCAGAAAUACACAGGGUUACUCAUACGCAGCAGAGGGCGCACAAGAAGAGCCACAAGUAGAACCUCUUGAUCUUUCACUACCAAAGCAACAGGGAGAAUUAUUGGAAAGGUCAACUAUUACUAGUGUUUACCAGAACAGUGUUUAUUCUGUCCAAGAAGAACCCUUGAACUUGUCUUGUGCAAAAAAGGAGCCACAAAAGGACAGUUGUGUUACAGACUCAGAACCAGUUGUAAAUGUAAUCCCACCAAGUGCCAACCCCAUAAAUAUUGCUAUACCUACAGUCACUGCCCAAUUACCCACAAUCGUGGCCAUUGCUGACCAGAACAGUGUUCCCUGCUUACGAGCACUAGCUGCCAAUAAGCAAACUAUUCUGAUUCCCCAGGUGGCUUACACAUAUUCAGCUACAGUCAGCCCUGCAGUCCAGGAACCAGCCCUGAAAGUGGUCCAGCCAAGUGGAAAUCAGGAUGAAAGGCAAGACACUAGCUCAGAAGGAGUAUCCAAUGUGGAAGAUCAGAAUGACUCUGAUUCUACACCACCCAAAAAGAAAAUGCGGAAGACAGAAAAUGGAAUGUAUGCCUGUGACUUAUGUGAUAAGAUAUUUCAGAAGAGUAGCUCAUUGUUGAGACAUAAAUAUGAACACACAGGUAAAAGACCUCAUGAGUGUGGAAUCUGUAAAAAGGCAUUUAAACACAAACAUCAUUUGAUUGAACACAUGCGAUUGCAUUCUGGAGAAAAGCCCUAUCAAUGUGACAAGUGUGGAAAGCGCUUCUCACACUCGGGAUCUUAUUCUCAACACAUGAAUCACCGCUAUUCAUAUUGCAAGAGAGAAGCAGAAGAACGAGAUGGCGCAGAGCAGGAAGAGGCAGGGCCAGAGGUCCUGAGGAACGAGCACGCUGGUGCUCGCGCGUCUCCCUCGCAGGUCGACUCAGAUGAGAGAGAGAGUUUGACAAGGGAAGAGGACGAAGACAGUGAAAAAGAGGAAGAGGAGGAGGAGGAUAAAGAGAUGGAAGAAUUACAGGAGGAAAAGGAAUGUGAAAAACCCCAGGGAGAUGAGGAGGAGGAGGAGGAGGAAGAAGAGGCAGAAGAAGAAGAAGAGGCAGAAGAAGCAGAGAAUGAGGGAGAGGAAGCAAAAACUGAAGGCCCAGUGAAGGAUGAUGGAGCUGUGAGUCAAGCAAGCAGCUUAGAACAGAAGGUCAGCGAGAACAGCGAGCAAGUAUCUGAAGAGAAGACAAAUGAAGCCUAAUCGUUUUUCUAGAAGGAAAAUAAAUUCUAAUUGGUAAUGAAGUCUGUUCUAUAUUAUCCAUGCUUUUCAUGGAAACACAGUAACCUGUAUACUGUGAUUCCUGUUCACUACUGUGUAAAGUAAAAACUAAAAUCUUAAAAAAAAAAAAAAAUACAAAAUACAAAAAAAAAAAACCACUCAAAAAAAAAAAAUCCGGGUGUGCCUGAACCUCAGACCUAGUAAUUUUUCAUGCAGUUUUCAAAGUUAGGAGCAAGUUUGUAACAUGAAGCAGAUUAGAAAACUUUAAUGACUCAGAAAGCAAGAUUUAACAGGUUAAAGGAAACUGAUUAAUUAGAUAAGCAUCUGGCAUUGUUUCAUUUUUAUCAGUAUUAUCACUCUUACGUUGGUUUAUUCUUACGCUGUACAAUUGGGAGAAAUUUUAUAAUUUUUUAUUGGUAAACAUAUGCUAAAUCCGCUUCAGUAUUUUAUUAUGUUUUUUAAAAUGUGAGAACUUCUGCACUACAAAAUUCCCUUCACAAAGAAGUAUAAUGCAGUUCCAAACCGUGCUAACUACCUUUUAUAAGUUCAACGUAGAAGGUAGUAAUUUCUAAUAUUUAGACGUCAUAGUGGAGCAUAUUAUCAUUUAAAGUGUAUUGUUAGCCUUAAGGAAGCAGCCGAUAGAAGAACUGAAGUUUCUUACUCAUGUGAUUUAAAAUGGAGUUCACAAGAUUGUCGUUGAGUUCUGAUUGCAGGGACUAACAGUGUUGAUACUGGUAAGGACAGCAGUCGUCAGAAUCAGUGUUCGUGAUUGUGUUUGAGUACGUGGUAACAAAUAUGAAGGAUAUGAUAUGAAGCUUUGUAUCUCCUCUGGCCUUAAGCAAGAC